UCAAACAGCUGCCGCUGGUUCCCUGCCGGGAGGCCCGGGCAGCCGACGUGCAGGACCUCCUGAAGGACCUCAAGGCCCAGUCGCAGGUGGCCUAUUGUAAAUAACUGUUCCAAAGACAAGAGAUGGAGAGAUGCCUUCUGAGUCAACCCCAGCGGCAGCAGCCACUGUCUAUUUUGUCCACAACAAACUCCCACUGAAUACCUACCACGUGUCCAACAUCCAGCUGGCCCCGAAUGAAUUUAGUCUGAGAAGGAGGACUGUUGCUUCCAAAGAAGAAAGAUCUCUACCCUUGGCCACAGCCACGGCUGCUCUGCCAACAAAUAAAGGCAAAGCAUUUCCCCUCUUUAUCUUCAAAAUGGAUGCUUUCAAUGGGAUUUUAAAAUUCAUCGUGAACCAGAAAACUGUUAUUGGCUACAGCUUCAUGGCCCUGCUGACCCUGGGAAGUGAGCGUCUCUUUUCCCUCGUGGCAUUUAAGUGCCCCUGCAGCUCUGAGAAUGUGGUCUACGGGCUGGUGUUCCUUUUCGCCCCCGCCUGGGUUUUACUGAUCCUGGGAUUCUUUCUGAACAACAGGUCGUGGAGACUCUUCACAGGCUGCUGUGUGAAUCCCAGGAAAAUCUUCCCCAGAGGCCACAGCGGCCGCUUCUUCUAUGUCCUGGGGCAGAUCACUCUGAGUUCCUUGGUGGCUCCAGUGAUGUGGUUGUCUGUGGCUUUGCUCAAUGGGACUUUUUAUGAAUGUGCUAUGAGUGGGACAAAAAGUUCAAGACUCCUGGGACUGAUCUGCAAGGACAAGCCCAAAGAGUGCUGGGAAGAGCUUUACAAGGUAUCGUGUGGCAAAACCAGCAUGACAGCCACGGACAGUGAAGAACUGAAACUGUCCCUGCAAGCCCAGUCUCAGAUUCUAGGAUGGUGCCUGAUUUGUUCAGCAUCCUUUUUCUCUCUGCUCACCACUUGUUAUGCUCGCUGCCGAUCUAAAGUUAGCUACCUUCAGCUGAAUUUUUGGAAGACAUAUGCACAAAAGGAGAAGGAGCAUUUGGAAAAUGCAUUCCUGGACUACGCCAACAAGCUGAGUGAGAGAAACCUGAAAAGCUUUUUUGAAAACAAGAGGCCAGAGGUCUUCCCCAUGCCUUCUUUUGCCGCCUGGGAGGCUGCUUCAGAGCUGCAUUCUUUCCACCAGAGCCGGCAGCACUACAGCACCCUCCACAGGGUGGUGGAAGAUGGUCCAGAACUUAGCCCUGAGCAAGAUGAGACCACAAUGGUCCUCGUGGGUACGGCCCACAAUGUGUAGCUCAGCCGCCAUUGCUGACUCAUGGUGUCCAGCGGUUCAAGCCUUCGUACA